AUGCACCUACGCCGUCGCCCGCGGCCGGAAGCUGCCGGGGCCGCGCUCAAGGUGAGUAGUCUCCGCUUGUCCAACAAUAUAUCGGAAGAGAGAAUCCAGGCCGAGACUGACACUGCCAAAAUUAUUGGGUUAAAAAAAAGAUCCAACAAGCUGCUCCAGGUUCCGGAACGUCCGGCUGAUCCGAGCGUCACCGAGAGCCCGCCGGUCUCCGAGAGUGUCACCUCCGACCAGAGCCGGACGCCGCCACCGCCACCGCACCCGGCCUCCUCUUCCGCCUCAGCUGCAGGCGACCCAGGGUCUCAGCCCCGCCAGGCCGACCUUGGCAGCGGCAGCGCCAGCGGCAACGGCCCUCACGACCCCUUCCAAGCCGGCCAGUUGUCUCUCGAGCGGGGUCAGGAGCUUCUCGACAGGUUCCGCAAGAAACUGACGCCCCAUUUCCCCUUCGUCAUCAUUGCCGAUUCGGUGCACGUGAGCGCUCUGAGAAAGACGAGGCCGGCACUGUGUCUGGCGCUCCUCGCCGCCGCGUCGCACGAUGAUGUCCGGCUUCAGAGAGCGCUGGGCCAGAUGUUUAACGAGCUCGUCGCCGCACGCUUGGUAGCAGGGAACUUUACCUGUUUGGAUGUGCUCCAGGGGCUUCUCGUCCACCUCGCCUGGGCCCAUUUCCAGCCCAGACCCAAGAGAUACUCGCAGCAUCUUCACCUGGCGACUAGCAUUGUCUCCGACCUGCGCCUAGACAGGCCAAAGAACCCCCGGCGUUGGAACGUGGAGGGGAUGAGUGCGCCGCAUGACAAUGUCGAAUCGUUAGACGAACAGAGGACUUUCCUCGGGACGUACUAUCUUUCAUCUUGUACGAGCAUCGUGCUCCAGAAACUUCGCAUAGUCACUUUGUCCAGUUUCAUCACCGAAACGGCGAACCGGCUGGCCGAAGUAGCCGAGUUCCCUAGCGACCAGUACCUACCGUACAUUGUUCGCCUACAACGGCUUGCCGAAGACAUUGACGAUGUCGUCAAGAACGAGUCGACGUUGGAUCCCAUGCAGAUACAAGCGUCCGUCUCGGAGGCCAAGGAAAGGGUCGACAUGUUCAAGAACAGCCUGGGAUUCUCCCUCAGCGACUGCCCGCUGUUGGUUCCCCAGCUACACACGAUCCAGCUCUGCCUGAACCAGCUAUCGCUGCCAGAGGCUCCCUUCGGGCUGAGCAACCCUCAAAACGCUCCGAUGCAGCGGCUCAUCGCAGGCCUGUCCGAGAGUAUCGUGUCCGCCAAAUCCCUCGUCUGCGUCCUCCUACACACGCCUCCCGGCCAGGAGGUCUUCUUCCCCAACAUUGUCUGGGUGAUGCUCCAUUGCGGCUUCACGCUGGCCGCCCGGCUGGACCUCUUGGCCGCGGACCCGAGGAUAGGCUUCAUGGCGGAGCACCUGCGGCAGUUCUCGGACAUUGCGCACACCAUCCGCCAGGUCGUCCUCCGACUCGAGUCCGCGAGCUCGCCAGACCUCGACGACCGAGGCGAUCGCGACAGCUUCUACCACUUUGCCAUCCGUACGAAACGCGUCGAGAAGUUCUACCUGGAGCAGCAGCAGCGGCAGUCCGCCCUCCUCGAGCAACAGCAGCAGCAGCAGCAGCAGCAGCACGACUUCUCGCCCCAGAGUUUACACGUCACCAUGCCGACAAGCACGGCCGGCUUCACGACCAUGGGCACGCCCGCCUCCGACUUCUCGAACCAGAGUCAGAUCUUGGAUUAUUCAGUCGCGCCUUCGGUGUUCUCCUCGCACGCGGUCGCGCCCAUGGACGGAAGCGUUGUGUACGGCGGCAACCACAACGGCUUCAUCAUACCCAACACGGGCGCCAUGAAUUCGAACCCGGAAUACGUCAUGGACGCCCUCUCGGUUCUGCCCGAAUCCUUCAUCCCGUUCAGGGGCUGGGGUCCCGUGGUGGGCAACGAAGGCGGUGAUAGAGCGCAGUUUUUAGCGUGA